AUGAAGGUCCUUCUGCUUUUCGGAUUGGUGGCUGUCGCUCUGGCCGAGCUGACCAGAUUUGAGGGGGAAAAGGUCUUCCGUCUGAAACCCACCACUGACGAACAUGUGACCCUCAUCAAGGAUCUGGCCCGCAACAUGAAGGUGGACUUCUGGAGACCCGAGAGUCCUGAGCUGGUGACCAUCGACAUUGAUGUGGACAUCCACAUUCCCGUCGCCCACACCUCCAUGGUCUACACCAUCCUGAACCAGAGUGACAUGGAACACGAGAUUCUGAUUGAGGAUCUCCAGGCCCAGAUUGAGGCUCAGAUGGACGGACCUAAGGUCAGCCCCAGGGCCCACACCUACACCAAGUACAACAGCUGGGACACGAUCCAGUCCUGGAUCGCCUCCGUGUCCUCUGCCAACUCUGCUCUGAUGAGCAGACAGACGAUCGGAAACACCUACGAGGGCCGUCCCAUGAAUUUGCUGAAGAUUGGCAAGCAGACUGGCUCCACCAAGCCCGCCAUCUUCCUGGACUGUGGUAUCCAUUCCAGAGAAUGGAUCUCUACUGCUUUCUGCCAGUGGUUCGUCAAUGAGGCCGUGUCCACCUAUGGAAGUGAUGCUCAGAUGACCAGCCUGCUUAACGAGAUGGAUGUCUACGUUCUGCCUGUCUUCAACAUUGACGGUUACGAUUACACCUGGAAGAGAGACAGGAUGUGGAGGAAGACCCGCUCCAGGAAUUCUGGAACCAGCUGCAUUGGCGCUGACCCCAACAGAAACUUCGAUGCUGGCUGGUGCCAAACUGGGGCCUCCUCCAACCCCUGCAGCGACAUCUACUGCGGCUCCAGGCCCGAGUCUGAGAUCGAGGCCAAGAAUGUGGCCGACUUCAUCCGCAGGAACAAGUCCACCAUCAAGGCCUACAUCACCGUCCACUCCUACUCCCAGCUGCUCCUCUUCCCCUACUCCUACACCUACAGCCUGGCUGCUGACCAUGCUGAGCUGAUGAGUGUUGCUAAGGCAGCCACCAAUGCCCUGACCAGCAUGUACGGCACCAAGUACACCCCCGGCCCCGGCGCUACCACCAUCUACCCUGCUGCUGGAGGCUCUGAUGACUGGGCCUAUGACCUGGGUGUGAAGUACUCCUACACCUUUGAGCUGCGUGACACCGGUCGCUAUGGUUUCCUGCUUCCCGAGUCCCAGAUCAAGCCCACUUGUGAGGAGACCAUGUUGGCUGUUAAGUACAUCGCUUCCUACGUGCAGAAGAACCUCUACUAAACAGACAGGAUAAGACAGUAGACAGACCUCUACUAAACCGGAUCUUCGGCGGACAUUGAAGAGUGUCUCCAGUUUAUGAGGCACGACACCAUCAGUCCUGCUUCAUCCAUUUGUCAUCAUUCCUGUACAUGUGAAUAGUAAUAUGGAUAUGCAGAAAGAAUAAACACUUUCUCAAUUUCAA